UUUUAAAAAAAGUGAUUAACAUUACUCCUUCUCUGCUAGACCAAGCGGCCCAGUCUUUCAUAAAUUAAAAUUGAAUGCUUCCAUCUAAUCAUCUCUCUACUUAAAUUCAACUGCUUAAAUUUUCGCUACCAGAUAAUGAAUCAAUGAUGAUCAGAUUUCCAAAUCCAGAAUCCGCAGAAUCUUUGUUCUGCAAAUGAAGAGCACAAAAGAUUUUAACCCUCAAUUCCAUUCUCAGAGAUCACAGAGCUCCAAAUCCAGAAACGAACGCCGUUCCGGUGCUCUAAACAAGCGGAAUAAUGAUUCUGUACUCUCUUACAAGUUCGUAAAAGCGGCUGUUAAUCGAGUUUCUGGGUUUUUGAAAUCUAUUUUUGUUGGUCGGAAGAAGGAUUCUUCGGAUCGUUCUGUAAUCGGUACCAGAGAAGCUAAUAAUUCUCGUAGAGAAGUCCCCUCUUUUUCGACGGGAAGCUACGGGAAGAACUCGUCGCCUUUGAAGUCUUGUGGUUCGUAUACUUCGUGUGGUUCGUAUGGUUCCUCGUCUAGCUUGCCCAGUGAAUUUUUCGCAGCUGCGGGAUUCUCGAUUGAAGAAAUUUAUAAGGCGACGGGAAAUUUCUCUGCUGCGAAUGUUCUUGGAGCUGGAGCAUUUGGAACAGUGUAUAAAGGGAAGCUCAAAGAUGGAUCUCUUGUUGCCGUAAAGCGAGCCAAAAGGGAUGCGAAUGAGAGGCGUUUGCUGACAGAGUUCAGGAAUGAGAUACAAAUGUUGUCAAGGAUUGAGCAUUUGAAUUUGGUACGUCUGUAUGGUUUUCUGGAGCAAGGAGAUGAGAGGAUCGUUAUUGUUGAAUAUGUUGGAAAUGGAAAUCUUCGGGAACAUCUCGAUGGGAAGCGAGGAUUCGGCCUUGAGAUUGGAGAGCGUCUGGACAUUGCCAUUGAUAUUGCUCAUGCUAUCACCUACCUUCACAUGUACAAUGAUGCGCCAAUAAUCCAUAGAGACAUAAAGGCUACAAACAUCCUAAUCACGGAUAAACUACGGGCGAAAGUGGCAGAUUUUGGGUUUGCACGCCUCGUUCCAGAAGAUUCUAACGUUACACAUAUCUCAACCCAAGUUAAAGGAACAGCUGGGUACUUGGAUCCUGAAUACCUAAGGACUUAUCAGCUCACUGAGAAGAGUGAUGUAUACUCCUUCGGUGUGUUGCUGGUAGAGCUCAUGACAGGAAGGCACCCAAUUGAGACAAAGAGGGAUACCAAAGAAAGAGUAACUAUAAAAUGGGCAAUGCAGAAACUGAAAGAUGGAGAAGCUGUGAUUGCCAUGGAUCCCAGACUGAGAAGGACUUCUGCAUCCACAGUGACCAUGGAGAAUAUGCUCAAAUUGGCUCGCCGAUGCCUUGAUCCUUUGAGACCAUCUCGACCAUCCAUGAAAACUUGUGUUGAGGAGUUAUGGGGAAUUCGAAAGGAAUAUAAAGAUAGAUUAUUGUCGUCUUCUUGCUCGGAGUCUCUUCGUUCAGCGGAUUUUCCAGUUCCAAAUGCAAAAAACAACCUUUAUGUUUCUUUUGGUAUUAAAGAGGACGAAGAUUUGUACAACAAAUUCAUUUCUGCAUAAGUCGCCAAUUUAUGGGCAUUCCCUUUAUAAGGGUGAAGUUUUUCAUACCUCUUGUCCGUAGAUUGUAAGUAACAAGUUCCAGAAAUGUAUUUUUUAUUGUAGUAAUGAUAUUUGUUAUAUAAAUUCCACUCCCAGUGUAUUAUUUGUAUAUUUUGUAUUUUCAAAAUUUUUAAUAUGAUGUAAGAUUCCCUAAACAAGUAAACAGCAUAUAAUCAAAUACAAUACUUUCGUGUGAGGUU